AUGGCAGUGUUUCCGUUCAACCUGAAAUAUUCCGCUGUUAUUGUAAUGGUGGCAGCGCUUGUGGCUGGUCUCGUCUUUGCUCUCGCCCAUGAUGCCUUUUACCAAAGUCUGAAUGGAAAGCCUAUACUCAAAGCUCAACCGCUCGCUGGAUUGACUUCCUCCUUCAAUAUAUCCGACCAGCAGGUUUACCUUUCUCUCGGUACUUUGUUUGCCUUCCUAGUCAAGAGUUUUCUUGGAGCGUCCGUCUCAACGGUCUUUGAUCAAUUUGUUUGGAAAUCCAUUCACGGCCAAAGAACUAAAAUUGGUAUUAUCGACGAUCUACUCUUGGUCCUUAAAAAUGGCUUUACGGUUCUCAAUCUUCAGUUAUGGAAGCGUUCCCCGAUCAGUAUGACGCUUGCUCUGAUUUGUUGGCUUCUUCCUACGACGUCUAUUAUCUCGACCGCUACAUUAAGCGUACAUUUAACUUCCUUUAAUGAGUAUGUGAUGAAACGAACUCCUCGGGUCGAUUUUACUAGCGCGAAUUUUGGCGUCUUAACUUCGGGCGUAUAUGUGAAUACAACGCCGAGUAAGUGGGCUACUGCCUAUAUGGGCCCUUCGUCGGAAACCGAAAGCAUUGUCAGUAGUGUCGCCACACAAGGUACAAUUUUGCAAAUAGAGCCACCAGCUGCCAACUCGUCGUGGUCAGUGGAAUUCUAUGGUCCUAUGAUCGUCUGUGACAAUGUGAACCAGACCCUUGCCAAUCAUAUCACUCAAGACGUUGUCCUGGCUAUCAACGCAUCCAAGGUCAUUACAAAUGACACACAGGAGCUAGUGAGGUACAGUUAUCUUUCUUGGGCACCGGAGUCAGAUACUCUGAAUGGCUCUACUCCUUUUUAUCACGCAAAUGGGAGUGAUACAUACACUCAACGGUCGCUUGGGCUUGGUCCCCUAGUUCAGAGUCCAGAUGAUCUAUCGCGAGUCUGGGGUCCGGAAAAGCCUGGAGUUGACGGGCCACCUCUAUCUCUAUUUGUUGCCACCUUUCCCCGUGCUUUGGAAUACACCAAAUUCCAGCAAGUUAUAAAAAACAUGGACAGAGCUGUACAGAAUGCAACGAUUGUACAUUGUGCGCUUCACAAUGCAUCAUACCAGGUCGAUCUCACCUACGUCAAUCGAGACCAAACAAUCCAUGCGAGAGAUAUUACAGUCCUUAAUGGCGUUAGCCAUUUUGGCGGUGUUACCAAUGUGGACUUCAAGGAGGGUAAAGCUUCUUCCGAUACUUCCUUCUUACACAACCCGUAUCUCAUGGAGUCUUUGUCUUAUCAGUCUAUAAUGGAGGCGUUUGGACGUCUUUUGUUUGGAUCGGUCAGUAACGAGAUACAUGUUAUUAAAAGCGCGCAAAGCAAUCAGAAUGGGAUCAUUUCAGGAACAAACAAUCUGAAUACCUCUAUCCUAACAACAUCAUUGAAGAAUACGGAAGAGAUCAGAUUCAUUCAAUCUAUUAUAAGCCCGGGUCCUAAAAGUCCAUUUGAGGAUUACUGGGAUGGGAGAUCUGUCAGAGCGUCAAAUGAAUCUUCUCCGGUGUUAUCCAAAGCCCUUGAGGAACUUUUCCGGAAUAUCACUUUUUCUCUCAUGAGCUCCAACAUGUUCCAACCCAAUUACACAGUGGACGCAGUGCCAGAUACCAAUGUGACUAUUACCUCUUACCACAAUAUCUACGUCUACACUCGACCAAUUCUCUGGGCAGCCUACGGUACUGCAUUAAGCGUCACCACAUUGUGUGUUGUCGCCGGCAUCUUGCUCUAUCUCUCCAGCGAUGGGUCCUACACCAGUAAAUUCUCGACCAUCCUCAGGGUCACUCGGGGCGCCGUGAUAUCCACGGAGCUCGACACGAAAGACUACAGUGGUCUUGACCCGCUUCCGGUUCACAUUGCGAAUGCGAAAUUGACCACCGGCUAUAACCCAGACCAUCCUGACAAGGCGUCAUCCACAGACUCUCUGAGACACCGAGAAUCAGCAGCUUCUAGUCAACUACUUCAAACCAGAUCGGAUAAAGUCGUCAAUGAGAGCAACGAAGAGAAGUAA